AUGGGCUUGUUACAGAAGGUUGUCAGGAAUGAGGCCAUGAAGACGUCGCAUGCUAACUGGCAGCUCGAAGGAUGGCGUAUCUUUCUUUUGGCUUGCUUUGGCGGCAUGUUGUUCGGAUGGGGUAGGCGCUACUCCUCAUGGUUUGAACUCGGUAAAAGUUCACAGACUGAUAUUUUGGCGACAGAUAUCGGCUCUAUCGGUGGCAUUAUCGUCAUGGAGGCAUUCAAGGCGGAGUACAAGAUUACCGAGGGGGUGGCUGCCAAUCUGAAUAGCAACAUUGUUAGCACACUUCAAGGAGGAUGCUUCUUCGGUGCCCUGGCCGCGUACUACUGUGCCGAUAGGUUUGGACGACGACCAUCACUUCUCGCCGCCGCCGCUGUCGCGACCACCGGUGUUGUCAUUCAGUGUUCCACUGUGGGAAAGCUGGAGGGUCUUUACGUCGGUCGACUGGUCGCCGGUCUAGGAGUCGGUGCAGCAAGUAUGCUCACCCCUCUCUAUGUGAGUGAGAACUCGCCUCGCGCGAUUCGCGGUGGCCUUACUGGAAUCUACCAGCUCUUCAUCGCUACUGGCAUCAUGUUGAGUUUCUGGGUCAACUAUGGCUCAUACAGACAAUUCGACGACCCACUGACAAACAAUGCUACUUGGCAAAUCCCCCUGGCUCUCCAGGCUCUUCCCGCAGUUUGCCUUCUCCUCGGCGUCUUCUUUUGCAACGAGUCGCCCAGAUGGCUCGCAAGACAAGACAACUGGGAGGAUGCUACGAGGGUCUUGGCCCACUCUAGGAAUCUUCCCGCCAGCCACCCAUAUUUGCAGAUGGAGCUCGACGAGAUGCGGGACCAGCUUGAGAACGAGCGUCGCUUGAUCGGCGGAGCGACCUUCUGGGACCUACAGCGCGAGAUGUGGAAGAUCAAGGGGAACCGGAACCGAGCCCUGAUCUCCAUGGGCCUCAUGGUCUGCCAGCAGAUGACCGGAACCAACGCCAUCAACUACUAUGCCCCGCUGAUCUUCCAGAGCUUGGGAAUCGCCACCACCACUGACUUCCUUGCCCCCUCCCCCCAGAAAACCGACACGGGCCUCUUCGCCACGGGCAUCUACGGCGUGACGAAGAUGAUCACCUGCGCCGCCUUCCUCCUCUUCGCCGCCGACUCCCUCGGCCGACGGCGCUCCCUCCUCUGGACGUCCAUCGCGCAGGGCGCCGCCAUGUUCGUCAUCGGCUUCUACGUGCGCUUCCAGCCGCCGGUGGCGGGCCAGCCGAUCCCGCCCUUCGGCUACAUCGCGCUGGUCAGCAUCUUCCUCUUCGCGGCCUUCUUCCAGUUCGGCUGGGGCCCCUGCUGCUGGAUCAUCGUGUCCGAGAUCCCGACGGCGCGCCUGCGCGCCCUCAACGUCGCCAUGGCCGCCAGCACCCAGUGGCUCUUCAACUUCGUCGUGGCCCAGGCCGUGCCGCGCAUGAUGAAGCACGUCGGCCGCGGCGGCUACGGCACCUACUUCAUCUUCGGCUGCUUCUGCUUCUCCAUGUUCUUCUUUGUCUGGUUCCUGAUCCCCGAGACCAAGGGCUUGAGCUUGGAGCGCAUGGAUGAUAUCUUCGGCACCACCGAGCUAUCCAAGGGCCUCGAUCAAGAGCGCGCUCUUCCAUCUCCCGCCGAGGACAAGAAGACGCCACGCACCCAGAUCAUUGAGGACACGGCACAUCCAGAUCCGGAUCCAGAUCCGGAUUCGGAUUCGGAUCCGAGACGGAAUGCUAUUCAGCAGCAGCAGCAGCAGCCGCAGCAGCCGAAGGCUACAGAGGUGCACAUGUGA